GCUGGAUUGUCUACAAUCGAGAGGGGCUGAAGAUCUUCGAUAAUAAAUCAUUUGUGCAUUAUGCAGAAUGCAAGUACCUCCAGCACUUCAAACUUAUCGCUUGAUCUUAAGUAUUCAUCAACAUCCAUUCAAUUGCAUCAACCUAAUGAGAUCGAAUUAGUUCAUGUUUUAGAAAAUGGAUUUAAAAAAAACUUCGAGGAUGUUACUGUUCACUGGACAAUUUGCCCUGAUCUAUCACAGGAGCCUUACAAUCUUGCCGCGAAAAAUAUAUGUGGCGAAACAAAAUUUGUAGAAAUUGGCGAUAAAUCAUAUUUAGAUAGUGCGCAAACGAGAAAACUAUUUUAUCUUAAAGAUGUUGUAAAACAUUUUUCCACGGAGCAAUCUUUAAUUUUCGGUCAAAGUGUUUCUCAAUGUCCAGGUGGUAAUCUUGGCCAAAUGAUUACGAACGCGUCAUUUUCAAAAGAAGAUCCAGAAAUCAGCAUAAAUAAAAGUGGCAUAAUAUCUGCCAAGUCAAGGAAAUGCAAUUUCAAAAGUGUGUUAAAUGAUGACUUUGGAUUUAAUUGCACUAAACAUGGAACAUUUUUUCUUUGCGAGGGUCUAAAUAAACCUGUGUUGAAAGUAUAUGCUACAAAAUAUCGUUCAACCGUUCCAGCACCUUCCUUUACAAGCUUCAUAGAUUGCAUGAAGAAAUCAAUUGAGGAAAAAUAUCAGCCUUUGCAGCAACUAGUCGUUUUGGGUGGUGUAUAUAUAAUGGAAAACGUAUCAGCGUGCAAACAUAAAUUCGAUAAAAAUGUUUGGGAGCCAUGGUACAAGCCGCAAAGAUCUCACGACUAUAAGUAUUGUAAGAUGAACAAUACUGAAACAAUAAUAACUACAUUUAGUAGCAGCUCAACAGAACGUCAAUAUUCACCAAGCUGUCCAGUAAAAUUUACUUGUCAAUUCAUCCAAUGUUUAUCGCAUCAUAAUAAAGUGGAAUGCCAAUUUUUAACGGGUGAUGGAGAGAAUAUAAAAUAUUUGGCAUAUUUUUGUCCGGCGGAAUAUGUGCACUAUUUUGAUGGAUGAUUCGCUCAAUAGCGUUAAAUAUUAUAGAUCGUAAUGUAUAAUGUAUCUACAAAAGUGAUAAUGUCAAUGGAUUGCACCAGAU